CACAUUCACAAUUGUGUGCAAUGAUAUGUUCAUUAACCCACUUGUCCAAAUAAAAUACUAUGCAUGGCAUAAUUAUUUGUUAAAUUUGUUAAAAAUAUAUUUGUUACCAUUUACCUGUUAUUAGAAUGUCAAAAGAAUUAAAUAUUGCAGAUAAAACAUAUUGCUACGAUUGCAAUGUGAAAGGUGAAGCUAUAGAAUACAUGUUGUAUGAUUUCAAUGAAACCUGGAUAGCAACAAAGACGAAGGAAGAGGUGCGGCAGACUUUACAGCUACUAAAUAAACGCAUAAAAUAUGAUGUGGCAAUUGCAUUUGAUACCUUACAAAAUGCGCUGCCGGAAUCAGGCACUUGGAUUGGUAAUGACAACCAGCCGGGGGCGAGCAAUGCACGUGAGCGGGUUUUAAAACUUAAGUAUCGUGUUAAAGAAUGUCCAUUCCACUUUGAGUGGCGCUUAAAACAACACAACAGCCCGGUUACCAUCCAAUUACCCAUCAACCAAGUUGCAAGUUUAGUGGAUGUGUUACCGGCUAAAAUCGAUGAGCUAUUGGAGAUAUUGCAACGCAAAGAAGAUGAAAUUAAACAGUACAGAAGAGAAUAUGGAAAUUUGCGUAGAUGUAUCAACACUUGCAACGAAUGCCUUUGAUGUGGAGACGUUUCGGGAACAAUAUGCACUCACUGACGUGAAUGUAAAGUCUUUGCAAAGAGUUGUAGCACGUUGGCGGUCAGAGCAUGGAGAGCCGGAGUCCGCACACGAAGUAGAAACUUUAUACAAGAACAAAAGUAGUCCAACAAAUGUUAUAAAAAAAGAGGAACCGGGAACAAGUGCCUCAAGUGCAAGCAGAAGUGUACAAGAAAGCCCUAGAAGCAGGAAACGUAAAGCUUUGCAUAGUUAUAAAACGCAAAUGAUGCGUUCACUGCAAUCAGGCAAAAAGGACUUGCAAUACGAAAGUCAAAGUCAAUCGCUUAGUGAGACGGAGCAACAAGACAUAAGAGAGGUGAAAAAAGUGCGGAAAAAUAACGAAGAUGUGGACAAUGAAAUUGUUAACGAAGUGACAGCAGUGAAGAGUAACGCGAAGAGGGUAAACACACCAAGUAAACUGAAAGCGGCGGAAAAGCUUUCAAAAAUUCCGACAAAAACACUUGUUGAAGACAACAGCAGUGCGCCUGCGAAGGAGGUAGAAAGUAAAGUCAAAAUAGUUUCACAACGCAUAGAAAAGCGUCCUAACACACGUCAAAGACGUCGCGAGUGCGAAAUGAGUGAUUUUAAUUCAAAUGGGUUGGAACUUGCGGACACCACUUCCCAAAGUGUGUCUCCUGCGCUGAAUGAGAGUGCUGCGCUGGCGAAACAGCCCACUACUACAAAAACAAUAAGUGCACACAAUAAUAAUAAUGUGAAACAUAAAAUUGUAAGUAGCGCACAAAAUUUGGCGAAACCGCAGUUAGUGAAGUCGGUGGUGCAAUCUAAAAAUGAUUUGAGUACUUAUGUGGACUCGAUGCUGAGUCAAUUAGAAGCAUUAGAUAAAGAAUUGCGUGGGUGAUUUAGCAAGAUGACCAUAAUUGGAACAUAUACAUACAUAUACCAUAUACAUAUAUGCUGCAAUACUUAUAGCUUUAAAUAAAAUUUUUGGAAUUUGUUUUUGUAUUUUGUAAAUUUAUAAAAUGUUAAUUAUAAAUUUAUGCUAUUUUUCUGCACACAUUUAUUGCAAAUUUUCUACUCUAUAUUGUAUUUAUGAUUUCUUUAAGCAAUAAUAAACAAUUUCUACUAUCAUUAGCAGUUUUCAUGUAAAUGCUGACGUUUACGGUCAUCAAUAAUCCAUAAGCACAACCGAUGUAGAUAACAUUCAAUUUAAGCCUUUUGAUUUUCGUUGGCCAGCCGGUGCCAAACAUUUAACUACUACAGCAUUCACAUAACAAUAGUAAUAUAUAUAUUGCUUAGUAUUUACUUAAUUCGAUAUGCGCAUGUUUUUAGUUAAAUAUUGUAAAUAUAUAAUCCUGUGUAUACGCAUGUACAUGACUUCAUACAUGUCGGUAACCACUCGGUACAAGUGCUACAACACUAUAAGGAAGUUAUCAUUUAUUCGACAGCAGUCGUUUGGCUGGUGCGUGUGACUCUUUAGCGCUUAGAAAUUACAUAUUUUUUAAUUUUAUAUAUCAUUAGUACUUUAAAUAAUUUCCAACUGCGCGGCUUGUUGCAACAAUGAAAAUUUGGCUAAAUUUUUGGAUGCAAACAAUUUGGUGUUUUUUCCUAAUUGUGCUAUUGGCGCAUUCGUCCUAUGCCAGCAGUCUGAGCGUUCGUAGUAAAAAUACGCACCCUUAUGUGCUAACCGAAUAUGAUUCGAAAACAAUUGGUGGCUCACCUGUUGCCAUCACAAGCGCCCCCUGGCAGGUUUCAGUGCGUUUGCUGUUAUUCGAGAUACAGUUAGGCCAUGGACAUAUAUGUGGUGGAUCGGUCAUAACAUCGCGUGUGAUUAUUACCGCAGCGCAUUGUCUGAUCUAUCCAAACACAACACAACCGAUCUAUCGUUUUCCAAGUGAAUUUACUGUAGUCAUGGGUUCGAUUUAUUUGGAGGAGGUUACGCCAUAUACCCUGCAGUACAAUGUGCAGCAGCUGGUGCCGCAUCCAGACUUUAGUUUAACGCCGCUGCAAAAUGAUUUGGGCUUACUUUUCUUAGACGGCAAAAUACCGGCGAAUCAUCCCACAGUGGCACCCAUAGCACUCAAUCAGGUGGCCUUAAAUCCAGGCGUUUAUUGCAGCGUGACUGGUUGGAGCAUAGCAGCGAAGGGCAUAAAUUGGCCAGUGCUAUUGGGUGCUGUGGUUCCGAUCAUCUCCACGCAGCAAUGCAACAAUAUUUACAAUGGUCAAAUAUCAGCGGGUAUGAUUUGUGCUGGCAAUCAAGCCAAUAACGGCACGAAUGCCUUUCAAGGCAGCUCUGGUGGUCCACUGGUUUGCAAUGGUAAAUUAAGUGGCAUUGUUUCGUGGGACAGCGGUUAUCCUGAGGUCUACACAAAUCUCUCCGCUUACUAUAACUGGAUAACAAUGAUGAACUCCACUUUCAAUUAUGAUGGCGCAAUGAGUCUGUAUUUGGGAGUUCAGCAAAUGGCAUUGUGCACUUGCUGUUUGUUAGUCACUUUGCUGUGGUCGCAGGCGGUAUAUAUUAAAUAAGGACUCAAAGGCGCCGUAGAAAUCUAUUUGUUGUUUUUUGAUGCGUUGUUUAGAGUUUGCUAAUGUUAAUAUAUUAUUUUGCGUUAACUUUUUAAGAAAUGAAAGUGCGAUAUAAGUGUUUUCAUAAUAGUAUAAAUUUAAAUGUUAUAAAUGUAUAUAUAUAUAUUUUUAAUUAAUAAAAACAUACAUGAGUCAAGUAUAUGACUCAGCAGCAGCAGAGAUA